AUGCCUGCGCAGUACAGCACGGUAGAAUACUGGAACAAGCGAUAUGAGGAAAUCGAUGGGACGUAUGACUGGUAUAUGGAUUGGCACGCGUUGAAGGCGCAUUUGCCAGUUGAGGUCAACGCCGAUUCGCGGAUUUUGCACGUGGGAUGCGGGACAUCGAAACUUGCACAGGAUCUGCAUGAGGCCGGUAUACACGACGUGAAAAAUGUCGACAUCUCUGCGUCUUGCAUAAAUGCCAUGAGAGAAAUGUUCCCCCAUCUCGCCUACGCUGUAGUGGAUGCCGCCCAAAUAGGGUCGUACUAUCCUGCCGAAUCCUUCGAUCUGGUCAUAGACAAAGGUUGCCUCGACACCAUGUUGUGCAACAAGAACUUCGAUGAGACCGUGCCUGCGAUGCUGAAGGGCAUACAUACAGUCCUCAGACCCGUAAUGUAUUGCAGAAACAAUGGUACCCUGGUUGUCGUCUCAGUUGGGUGCCCCGACAACCGCAUGAUGUACUUCGAGCCGAGUGGCCUGUGGAAAAUUCGCGUUGUAAAGGUGCCUAAACGUCACAUGGAGUACCUCGAGGAGGCGUCUCCGACCGCAGCACUUCCGAGUUUCGGUACGUUUCCUCCGGCGCACAUCGAGAUUUUAUCAGGUGAGGUUUCCGGCGCGCCCCUUGUAGAGACUGACACGGCUCCUGCGAGUUCUUCUAUGAGUGAAGAACGCUCGAAUCACUUCAUUUACGUCUGUCGCAAAGUGUUGUGA